AUGAGACUCUCCACCCUUAGUUCCGCCCUUGUGGGCCUGGCUGUCGCGCAAGCAUCGACUAUCAAGUACUCUGUAGUGCCAGGCUACUUUCUGCAGGAUGAGGAGUCAACUGAUCCCUCUAAAUUCGACUAUACAGCGGAGAACUUCGGCCUGAUCGGCCGCGCAUAUCCUGCAGACAAGAAGCUCAGAAAACCCAAGUCUAUGACCCAAUGGGAGCGCUUCUACAACCAGGUCAGCAAUUUGAAUGAUCGUUCCCCGCCACACGUCGAGUACAAGGUCCUAUUCCUUGGUCGACACGGUGAAGGGUAUCACAAUGCCGCCGAGUCUUACUAUGGAACACCGGCAUGGAAUUGCUACUGGUCCGAACUCAGCGGCAACGGUACAUCAACCUGGGCAGAUGCCGCCCUCACACCCGAAGGUGCCUCCCAAGCCCUCAAGGCAAACGCCUUCUGGCAAAAGGAGAUAAAUGAGCAACGAAUUCACACACCAGACCUCUACUACGUCAGCCCAAUGACACGCACCCUGCAAACCGCCAACUUGACUUUCACGGGCCUGGACCUACCAAAACACAGCGCGCACUUCAACCCGACUAUCAAGGAACUCUUCCGUGAAUCAAUCAGUGUCCACACCUGCGACCACCGUCGUAGCCGCAGCUACAUCCACUCACUGUUCCCGCACUGGCGUAUUGAGCACGGGUUCAGCGAGGAGGAUGAGCUGUGGAACGGUGUGACGGGUGAAUCUAGUGGUGCGCAGGAUAUUAGAAGUACCCAGGCAUUAGGGGAUGUUUUCUUUUCUUCGUCUAAGAAGAAGUCAUUUGUGUCUAUUACCUCGCAUUCGGGUGAGAUCUCAUCGCUUCUGAGGGUUGUUGGACAUCGGACUUUCAAGUUGAGCACUGGUGCUGUUAUUCCGGUGUUGGUUAAGGCUGAGAAACUUCAUGGUAAGGCGUCGGUUACUUCUGUGCCUUGGGAUUUGACGCCGCAUUGUACGGAACCGCCGGUUACGUCGGUCACGGCUUGUGUUUGUCCUUCCAGUGCGGUGCCGGUUACGACGCCUUUGGCUACGGGGUUUUAA